AAGCGGAUCUGAGAGACGCCUUCGAAGAAUCCCAAAAAUUAAGUACGUCACGAACUGGUAUCUAUAUAAUAUAACAUCCAAAACAUUUGAAUCAUUAUAAAACAGAACAGCAAAGAAACAUAUCGUCUUUGAUAUUUUAAAAGUAACAUUGUGUUAAUAUAAAAACAGUUAAAAUGCAGUUAGGUCUUUAUGUUGUGUGCCUUAGUGCCGUAUGUGGAUGUGCGUAUGGGUCAGCUAUACCAGUUUGGGAAUUAUUACAACAGGAGGAAAUGGUUUCCUACCUGUAUUCAAUCUUCGCAAAAGAAGUGGAACAAGUUUGCUCGACAGAUUACCAAAAUAGAAACUGUUUCAAAGAGAAUUUAAAACAUGGAUUGGACAAACUUAGGUCCUUAACAUUUGAAGAGUUGGAAGCUUUGGACCCAUAUCAAAGAGAUGGCGUCAAUAAAGUAUGGAAUAUACUUAUGGAGGGUAGCAGCUUAGUGAAAACAACCGAAAAAUCCACCACCAGUACAACGCCAAAACCAAAUUCUUACGAAGAUGACUUAGAUUUUGGUUCCCAACCUGAAGAAACAGCAAAGAUCGACAACGUUUACCGUGUAGCUCCACCAAAGGACUUCGUAUUCAAACCUUCAUCAUCAAACGUCGACAACGUAUACGAAAAACCUAUCGAUUUCCAAUUAAACAAUUUUGACAACGUUAAAAUAAUAUUUACUGACGAUGACGACUCAGAAGACUCAGAACCAACCGAAUCACCCAGAAUCUACCAAUUAAACGGCCCAGUCCUCGUCAAAGUCCACCCAGAUGGUACCCCUGUUAGAGAACACUACAGGAUCCCCCUGGAUGACGAUUUCACGCAAUACCAAUUGUCCAAAAUCAAACUUCCCAACUUGUAAAUUUACAUGCAUUGUAAGACUUUCUUUUUUGUGAUAUUUUUGAGUUACUAUGAUUUUGUGAUGAUUGUGUGAAUGGUAUUUAUAGUAAAAUUGUGUGAAUGUUUUUGUAUUUAUUAAUUUAUUAUUAUUAUUAAAUGAUUAUUAAGAUUUA